CCCGGCUUUACCAGCUCCUCCUACCGACUAGCUAACCAGCUAGCCGCGGUGAAAGCGACCGGAGAGCUUUACGAGACACCGCAGACCACCACUAGGCAUCCUGGAUGAGACAUAUUGAUCCAGAAAUCACGACAAACCGUCUUAAUGGGACGUGUGUUCGGCGGAUAUCACGACGCGAUGGCCAGCUAGCGAACAGCGCAGAGCUAGCUGCUCGGCUAGCCGGGCUAGCAGCUCCGCUACACCCACAACUAUCUCGGUUUAAUCGACUCCUUUCUGAAACUAGUUUCUGGGUCAUCUAUUUGAUUUAACCGAGGGUUUGUUUGCGCGUGUGUCGAAUACAUCAUCAACGCGGAUGCCUUCUUUUUGACAUAUGUAGGUCACUGAUACCGACCAGUGAUAGUUAUGUGGGUCAGACAGCAUCGGGUUAACCUGUUAGCACGAACAGCUGGUUAGCAUGUUAGCUAGUUUGGUUUCUACUAUGUAUCACGUCAUUUAAAACGUCUAGAAUAGCGCUAACGUUUAAUCACGUGCUUGUGUUCGCGGCGGUUGCUCUGCAGCUCGUUUCUGUGGUUCCCAUCGAGCGCAACGUUCAUUUAUUUUUGACAAUUUUGGUUCGUCGCUGGACCAUCAUCGGCUAACCUAGCUAGCUAAGCUAACCGAUUAGCUUCACUAACCAACCAGGAGUCAUCGGGGUCAUGCCAGGUGUUCUCCCGCACUUCCCUGUCGCCUAGGCAACCAGCAGCUCGGGUGUGAGGAAGCGGAGCGUUCCCGGGCCCUCGGCGAGGGGAGCCAUGGCGUUCCACGGCGGCGGCCGGCAGACCCUCUGCAGCGACUUGUUUCCGGGCUCCGAGUUGGGCCACAAGUAUUUCUGCGUGAACUCGUCUUGCGGCGCCCCGUCCACGGGCCUCAGCGCCACGCCGUGCCUAAGCGGACCCACCGCUCCGGCCGGGACGCCCCGCCACCCCGCAGCCAUGGGGGGCAGCACAGGGGGGGGGGCAGCGGUGCCUCAGCCCUACAGCAACCCGGCCAGCGAGGUGCCGAGCCCGGCUGAGAUGGAGCCGGACCGGCCCAUCGGCUACGGGGCCUUCGGGGUCGUCUGGUCUGUCACGGAUCCUCGAGACGGGCGUAAAGUGGCCCUGAAGAAGAUGCCCAACGUGUUCCAGAACCUGGUGUCGUGUAAGCGGGUCUUCAGAGAGCUCCGGAUGCUCUGCUUCUUCAAACAUGACAACGUUUUGUCGGCGUUGGACAUUCUGCAGCCGCCACAAAUCGACUGCUUUGAGGAAAUCUACGUGAUCACGGAGCUGAUGCAGAGCGACCUGCACAAAGUGAUCGUGUCUCCUCAGCCGCUCACCACCGACCACAUCAAGGUCUUCCUCUACCAGAUCCUCAGAGGUCUGAAGUACCUUCACUCCGCUGGGAUUCUGCACCGAGACAUCAAACCUGGAAACCUGCUGGUCAACAGCAACUGUCUGCUGAAGAUCUGUGACUUCGGCCUGGCGCGCGUGGAGGAGCCCGACCCGACCCGUCACAUGACCCAGGAGGUGGUGACCCAGUACUACCGGGCCCCGGAGGUGCUGAUGGGCUGCCGGCACUACGGCUCAGCCAUCGACGUCUGGUCGGUGGGCUGCAUCUUCGCAGAGCUGCUGGGCCGCCGCAUCCUCUUCCAGGCCCAGAGCCCCAUUCAGCAGCUGGAUCUGAUCACAGACCUGCUAGGGACGCCCCCCCUGUCGGCCCUGUCGUCGGCCUGUGAGGGGGCCAGAGCUCACAUCCUGAGGGGGCCACACAAACCGCCCUCGCUGUCGGUGCUCUACAUGCUGUCUGACGGCGCCACGCACGAGGCCGUGCACCUGCUCUGCCGCAUGCUGGUGUUCGACCCGGCUAAGCGGAUCUCCGGCAGCGACGCCCUGUCCCACCCCUACCUGGACGAGGGCCGCCUGCGCUACCACACCUGCAUGUGCCAGUGCUGCUACUCCGUCCCCAGCGGGCGCGUGUAUACCCGCGACUUCGAGCCGGUGGCGGAGCGCCCGUUCAGCCACAGCUACGAGAACAGCCUGCUGUCCGUGUGGCAGGGCAAAGAGUUGAUCCAUCGCUUCAUCACCGAGCACCAGCAGGGCAAGCGGGUGCCGCUGUGCAUCAACCCCCAGAGCGCCGCCUUCAAGACCUUCAUCAGGUCCACUGCAUGGCAUUCCUCCAAGGUGUCUAGGAAGGAGGAGAGAUGAAGGCUCCUUCUCCUCCUCCUCACCAGGAGAGUUCCAGGAAAAGAUUUUGUCGGGUGGGGAAAAAAGACCGAAGAGUUUAGGUCCUCUUUUUAAUUUUUCUCCUUUUGUUCACCUGCCUCCGACCCACCUGAGCUCCUCCUCCUCCUCGUUUAGUUCGAUCCUCACAUUAAAAGCUAAAGCUUCAACGAGCCCAAAGCUCGCAGCGUUUUUUUCUGGUGCUGAAUUAAGAAAUAAAUAAAAAAAUGCUGCUGAAGUUCUCGAGGAAGAAAAAGAAAAGAGGAACUCAGUACUAGAUUUAAUUAUUCCAUAAAUAUCAUUAGAGACAUUAAGAAAUAAUGCUUUUAAUCGUUUGCUAGGAUUGUGUAGUUUAUUUUAUUCUUUUUUAAAGCUAUUCCAGCCGUGUUUAUUAUGGUUUAUUUUCAACGGCAAAAAUCCUUUCUCUUAUUUCUACUGCAUUUGAAACACAUCGCCAGGUGUUUAAGUCUUUUCUUCCACCGUUUUAGAGCUCAUUAUUUUAUUUUGAAAGUUGUGACAGGAAGCUGUGACCGGUACUCGGGCCGUUAUCCGUUAAAAUAAAUAUUUACAGAGCCGGUGAAUUUCGUUAAAUAUUUACGUUGUAAAUUUAUGAGAAAAAACACAAAAAUAUAUAAGCAACAAAUCUCAAAGUUGGAUCCAUCUUUCAUGUUUUAAUUUCAUUCUUUGUAAAAUAGAGAAAAAUUCGUACGCUUCUCGUACAUUUCCGACUUAAAUCACAGGUGACAGGGUUCGGCUCUUUGAAUAUUACCCAGGUGCCCCAGCUUCGGAUGUCUUCUUCUUCCCUUUUCAAUGUGUUUUUGUUAUUGCAGAGAAGCAGGAAGUGGCUUUCAUUUUGUUACCUCUUAAUUUAUUGAGUGUUUGUAGAAGAGCCUCCACCUGUCCCCCCCCCCCCCCCCCCCCCCCCCACGCUGCUGUUGGUUGGUUCCUUUAGUUUACCGUUUUCAGGACUUCCUGUUUAGUUUAUCAACCGUAAUACGUCCACACAAAUAAUCAGCCAAUAAUCACAAGGAUCAGUGUGAGGAGUUUAGUAAAGACGAGUUCUGGAGGAGGAGAAGAAGCUUCUGGAGUUCCACGCAGGAACAUUCUUCAGAUCAUUAAAGUAUUUUAAAGAUGACACGGUUCUUCUGGUUGAGAUGAUCCUCCUAAACGAAGAGGUUCCUUUAAGAUCUGCAGAAGGUUUACUGGUUCCUCGUCUACACAUGGACAAAGCAGCAGAACACUGGAGUCACCGGAGGUUCUCCUGGCUAAAGAUCUGACUUUAACCGCCUCGUCUCUCUUGUUGUAGAGCAGGAGGAGGAGGAACCUCCCGAGAACUCCUGGUCCUCCUCCUGCAUCGCGUUUGACCGUUUCUUCUCGUACUCGUCCUGGUUCUCCUGGUUCUCCGCACGGUUCCUCUCAGCCCCUUGAGACCUGCCCUCCUCCAGGAGGCCCUCCUGUAGAUCUGCAUGCGUGUGUUUUGCCCCUGAGAGCGUUUUGGGUUUUGAUGGUUGGUUGAAGGAAAAAAAAGUACAUUUUGUGGUAAAUUUCUUUUAUCUUGAUUGAAUUCAUCUUUUAGGAAGUGAUUUUUAUUAGACGGUUUUAGUUUGUUGUGAUUAAAGUCGCUGACGUUCAAAGAUUGUUCCCUGAGAUUUGAGUUUAUUUCCUCGAACCGAUGAAUUCAUUAUUAUCAAGUUCUCUCUCAUCCUUAAACUCUGAAGUAAAACCAUGAACAUCUUCCUGUGAUUAACGUCAUCAGAUGAGUCACUUCACGAAGGUUCAUCACUUGUUUCAACUCCAGAAAUACGAUGAAUCCGUCAUUCGAGGGACAUUAGUUGAUUUUUACAAUGAGUGGAACCCGUUUCUGGAUAGAGGUGCUUCAGGUGAGGAGAUCAGCUGAGCAGGUCAGACGUCUCAUAGGGGGGGGGGGGGGCUAGUCGUGUUUAGAAUUAGCCUUGUUUUUCUUCUAUGAAAAGAAACUUGAUGUUUUUAUUAUAAAUAUGAAACAGAUGUUUUUUGUCUUUGAUUUUAGGAACAAACAAACACAUUUUUGGUUUGUUCAGUUUAUUUUUGACUUGUGUUCCCAACAAAUACUUGAAUUUCUUAAAGAAAAUUGCUUAGAAUUAAAGUAGUGAAUGAUGAAUAAAUAAAUGGACACUGGAUAAUA